GAUCCCAUGAGUCGAAAAUUUAAAGGUCUACCCAUUAAUAAAACCUUUCGCCAAACGGUGCUUGAAAUGGGUUGGAGCGUAUUUUACUAAUACCCGUGUGGGUGUGAGCGCGUGAGUAAGCGGGUGUGACAAUUCGUGUUAUGUACGGCUAUGCCCAUACCCACAUUUACCCGUACCUCCACCCUCACCCCCACACACCCACGCCCAUUAUAGGAGAAAAUAAGCUCUUAUCGCUUUCUUUGUCGAGUUUCCCAGUAUAGUCCCAGAAACCGUCUUUUUGGAUCUAUAGCUGAAGGAAAGCUACAGUCGAAGGUAGUCAUAAUGUAGAGCACAAUUUGCUCUUUCGAAUGAUGUAUCAUGAGGAAAAUUAUAUUUUGAAAUGGGCACGCAGGGGAUCGUAAAGACAUGUUGUUGAAUAAUUUUGGAACGAGGAAAAAUGACAUACUAUCAUUGUGCUGCUAAUAAAACCUUAACAGGUCGGUGGAUUGAACUGAAAUUUUCUGUGAGUAUACUAGAUACUAUGCCCUAUAAUAUGACGAAAACUAGAAUAUUCUAGUCGGUCUAGCUUUUAAGAUAUAAACAAAACAAAAAAAAAAUUAUUUGCUUGUUGAAUAAUUUUGGUACUCACUGUAAAUAUAUAAUGAGGACCCAUAGAGAAUUUUUGGAGAUGAGAUAAGCUAAAAAUGAGCUAUUUUUUGACCCUUGUUUGGUGGAUAUCUCCCUCAAACUACAUGACAUAAGGCUGAAAAUUUUACCAGAGGUUCCUCAUUACAGUCAAAACAUAUCCUAAAAAUUUCAUGCAAUUUGGUUGUACCUGGACUGAGAUCGAAUUUUGAGGGGGAGCCUUAAAUCGACGGAAAGUUUAAUAGAAAAAAUUGUUAAUCGAUAAGUAAAUAUAAGCAGUUAGAAACAUUGUUUUUUCACACAUAUUAUUUAUCUCCAUAGAAUCUUCUUUUUUACUAAACUUCAUUUCUGUAUGUAUUCCUGUAGGGAAUGUUUUAUUAAAUAGUUAUGUAAAUCUUCCAUCAAAUUGUUAUUCCGUAAGUAAUCUUCCAACAAAUACCGAAUGGACACUUGUAACAAAUGUAUAUUCUCCAGUUGCAUCCAAUGCAAUGAUUGUUGAAUCUCGAGAAGAAUUAAAAUCUAUUUCAACAGAUUCAAUAACAACAGAAACUUCUUCUCAAAUAACAUCCAGUGACAAAUCACCAAUAAAUGGAACUGAUAUGAAAACAGAAUUUGAUAAUUCUCCUAAAAAAACAAUUUAA